AUGUGCGCUACUACCUACAACAAGAACAAGGUCACCAUGAAAGGCAGCCCCGGCAGCCAUGACCCCAACGAGUUCCCCGUCGACCCAACCCACGGCAAAUAA